GGCCGGCAUGUGGAGCAGCAGUGUCUGAAUGAGCGGAGCAGCGCGAAGGAAGAGGCUGCCCUGAGGAGGACGGCGCGCCACGAUUAAGCCCCGCCCCCCCUCCUCUCAGCUGUAUACGGGAACCAUAAGUACAAAACGUGGUGUGAAACCACCCUUACUUAGGCUAAGUUCAUAUUGCUGUUGUGCUCUGUCCCGUUCUGGGUCUGUUCGGCUCCUUUUUGCGCUGAACGCCUCCAAUAAACAGGUUGGAGCACAACUGACUCCAUUGGGUCACCACUGAGCCCCAACGAAUCCAAUUAACUUCAAUGGGGUCCGUCAGUGAUCUGGUAGUUUACCCGAGUUUUUAGCCCAAAAAAAUGUAAUUGUGCAUGCAUCAUUUUUUUCUCCGGUCGUUUUGGCGGAAUUGGCGACAGAGCACAAAAUAACGGAGUCUAUUAAAGGAGUAGUCUAGCCUAAAAACGAAUAGGGGACAAGUGUCAGAUUGCGCUGGGUUGGACCCCCUGUGAUAGGGGAUACGUUUUUUUUUUUUUAGACUGGAUAACUGCUUUAGGGCCAGGGAAUUUUAAUGACUUUCUCUGAGGACAUAUUCCAGACCUAUCUCAUAUAAAUAUGAGAUCUUAGCGCACUGAUGGGAGACAGGGGGACCUGCCAAAUAAAACAAAUUACCAUCGAAAGGAGUAAAAGUUGAGGAACUAGUAGUUCCUGUUCACAUCACAGUUUGGAAGGGACGGGGAGCUGUACACACAUCUUGUCUGAUACUGAACCAUGAAGCUUGUCGCUCUGCUGUUCGCUCUCUGUUUCACCAAUGCAGCGGCUUUCCGAAUUUGUUCAUUUAACAUUCAGAGUUUUGGAGAAGCAAAGUGUUCCAAGCCAGAAGUAAUGAAUGUCAUUGUGAAGGUCAUAUCUCGAUGUGACAUAAUGCUACUGAUGGAGAUCAAAGACAGCACAGACAAAGUGAUGAACAUACUGAUGGCAAAACUGAACAGUCAACCAGAGAAGAAAGAUGAAUUCAAUGUAAUCAUUAGCCAGAGACUUGGACGCAAGACUUACAAAGAGCAGUAUGCAUUUAUAUAUAGGAAGCAGCUGGUUGCUGUGAAAGCUGUGUAUCAGUAUAUGGACCACCAGGAUGGAGAUGUGGAUGCCUUUUCAAGAGAACCUUUUGUUGUCAGGUUUCAAACCUAUAAAAAUGAUUUUGUGAUCAUCCCUCAGCAUACAACCCCCGAGGCCGCAGUCCGUGAAAUUGAUGAACUCUAUGAUGUAUAUCAAGAUGUGAAACAGAAAUGGAAAACAGAGAACUUCAUCUUUAUGGGGGACUUUAAUGCUGGCUGCGGUUAUGUUCCCAAAAAGUAUUGGAAGAACAUUCGCCUCAGGACCAACCAGGAAUUUGUUUGGCUGAUUGGAGAUAAUGUUGACACAACAGUAAGGAGCAGCACGAAAUGUGCCUAUGACAGGAUUGUAGUUCAUGGUAAGAGGCUCUUGAACGCUGUGGUGCCGGGCUCUGCCACGGUGUUUGACUUCAUGAAGGAGUAUGGACUGACAGAAGCUCAGGCCUUGGAAAUCAGUGACCAUUACCCUGUGGAAUUCCAGCUGAACCAAAUGCGUAAAAUGAAACUUUCCUCCUCUUCAAGAUAAAUGUUGUUUUUCUUAUUUUUUGUUAAAAUGAAGUCAGUUAUAUCUAUACUGAUACAUCAAGCUGUUCUGAUACACCAAAUUACUAUAAAAAUAAAGUGAGUCAAAAUGACUAAACAAAGUUUUGUAUAAG